GAACAAGAGUUGUGUCUGAAGCAUGGAGUUAAAGACAGUGUAAUAAUUCAGGUGCGUAAGAGCGUCAUGGAUAAAGCGAAACUACCGCAGCUGAGAUCAGCGAUAGGGAAUGUCGGGGACGCGUUCAUCAUGAUCCUCGGCACCAACACCAGUGCAUCUAGGGUCUGUUUUUCAGCGUCGUGAUAGUUUAGUGUGUAAGAACGCACCAGUGGAAGCACGCCGUCUCUAGUGCACUUGUUUUUUUGUUUUUGUUUUCCCAUAUAAAACCCACAGGUUAAACAUGGACACGCCGAGGGAAACCAGGAAACAAACAAUCAAAGCGAAAUCGGUCAAGCUCAAGAAUAAGAAGCACAAGUCCCAGAGGCUGUUCAGAAGGAAAUCGUUGAAAUCGUUGGGGAAUUUCAUGAGCAGGAUUGUCAAAACUUUGGGCACUUUGGCACACUUGGGGGACGCGGACCAGCCGGACGCGGCGGCGGAGGAUGACGGUGGGUUUGGAGAUACUCUGAGUGCCCACAACUCAGGGAAUUACAGAGAUAACUCGGCGAGGAAGACCUCUGCGCCUACAUCAUCUCAUGGAUCUGUCAAAGAAAGGCUGUCCUGUUGCUACGGCGAUAAAACUCCAGGAGUUCAGGGUCUGAAGAACCACGGGAACACCUGUUUCAUGAACGCCGUGGUCCAGUGCCUGAGUAACACUGAACUUUUGGCGGAGUAUCUGGGUCUGGAGCAGUACAAAUGUGAAUUAUUCGAUCAGAGAAUAAACGGGAUGGCGAAGAGUGAGGAGGUUAUGGGUGAGGUGACGGAGAAGCUGGCAUCUCUAGUGAGGGCUCUGUGGACGCUUGAUUACACGCCUCAGCUGUCGGUGGAUUUCAAGAGUGUUGUGUCCAAAUAUGGCUCUCAGUUCAAGGGGAACGCUCAGCAUGACGCUCUGGAGUUUCUGCUCUGGCUACUGGAUCGAGUGCAUGAGGAUGCCAACCUAUCCACCAACAACAACCACAGCAGCAGAACCAAAUCCUCCAGCAAGGGUCUUGUGGAUGUGGAGGAGAGUUCUUGUCCUGGCCCAGUGAGCUCACAGCAGCCUGGAACUCGACACAGUUUUGUACAUGAGCACUUCCAAGCUCAAUACAGGUCAUCACUCACGUGCCCUCAUUGCCUUAAACAGAGCAACACCUUUGACCCUUUCCUGUGUAUUUCCCUACCAAUCCCACUACGACAGACCAGGGCCCUAAAUGUGACUCUGGUGUUUAACACUGAAGGGCAGCGCUUUCUGAGAGUGGGAUUAGCUGUGCCUCUCUUUGGGUCUGUCUUGACACUCAGGGCCAUGGUAGCAGAGGAGGGGAAGAUCUCUCCAGACCAGGUGAUUUUGACAGAAAUGAACUCAAAUGGAUUCCAACGCUCUUUUUCUGAUGAAGAUGAUAUGACGAGUAUCUCAGAGAGUGAUGUUAUCUAUGCCUUCCAGGCCCCGCCCCUCUUCAUCAGGGGAGGCUCCAUGCGAUUCUCAGGGUUUAAUCACUCCCUCCCUUCCUCCCCAUACACAACAGGACCUGAAGGUCAGUGGUUACCAUCCUUGGGGACGUUAUCAUCAGAAUUCAUGAAUCAGGGUAGCUCUUCAAAGAUCCUCCUGUUAUUCAGCAAUGUAGCUGGGUCUGGCCAACAAGCUACAAGGUUUGGCCCUCCCUUCCUGAUGAGAGUAGAGAGGACUCUUUCUUGGGAUCAACUGCAAAAGAGUGUCUGCAACAAGCUUUACUUAUUUAAAAAAAACAUGAUUGUAAAGACAAGUGAACUGUUUAAGAUCCGUGUGGUGGGUGGGUCAGCUUCCUGCAGUUACCUGUCUCCUCACGACAGCAGACCACUGUGCCAUCCAACCGUGGACAGGGCUCUUAAAUUUUGCGGUCCUGGUGGUCCUCUGCAUGUAAAACUCGUCAUUGAAUGGGAGAACAGAAUCAAAGAAUGUCUCUUUGGUAACAUUCAAGAGGAGGUUAUUGAGGAUGCAGAGAGUGUGAGAAUCCAACAGCAGAAUCAUGUACAGCAGCACAGCUGCACACUAGAUGAGUGCUUUCAGCUCUACACCAAAGAGGAGCAGCUGGCACUAGAUGAUGCUUGGAAGUGCCCCCACUGUAAGCAGAUGCAGCAGGGCAUGGUGAAGAUGAGCUUAUGGACCCUGCCUGACAUCCUCAUCCUGCAUCUAAAACGCUUUCGGCAGGUGGGCAAACGGCGCAACAAGCUCUCCACCCUCAUCCGCUUUCCUGUGAGCGGUCUGGAUAUGACUCCCCAUGUGGUGAAACGCAGUCAGAGCAUGAAGAAUCUGGCCCCGUGGCCUCCCACAUGGAAACAUGGAGAUACUGACUUCCUUUACGAUCUGUAUGCAGUCUGUAACCACCACGGAGGCAUGCAUGGAGGCCAUUACACAGCUUAUUGUAGGAAUUCAGUGGAUGGCCAGUGGUACAGUUAUGAUGACAGCAGUGUAGAGCUGGUACCAGAGGAGGAACUGUGCACGCGAGGGUCAUAUAUCCUGUUCUACCAGAGAAGAAAUGUCAUCCCACCCUGGUCCGCCAACAGCUCCAUCAGAGGUUCCACCAGCUCCUCCAUGUCUGACCACUGGCUCAUCCGUUUGAAUGGUGACAGUAAAAGGGGAAGUAUGGUAUCACGGUCUUCCACAACAUGCCCUUCUUCCAUUCCAGACUCACCAGAGUCUCCUGUCUUCCAAAACGAACCCUUAAUGGAGGAGAAAGUGUCUUUAGGUGGGUUUGAAAGCAGACCUUUAGUGCGAGGCAUCCAGGGACGUAGCAUAAGCAUGAGAACUCCCACCAAGACCAGAGUGAUGCCACUGCGAUGGUCCUUUGGAAACAAAGACCGCCACAAACCCGCCUCUGCUCCUGCCCCUGCUCAAGCAGAGCUGGUUGAAUAUUUAGAGUCUGGCAGGAGGCCAAGAUGCACCAAAGACCCAAUUGUUGCCCUAAUGACUCGACCCUCAGAUAAAGGAGUUAAAGAAGAUGAUACGAAAAAACCUACAGCCAGAUCUUCAAGCCACAGCAGUCUUGGGCAUCUAGAAUAUCACAAAAUACCACAGGGUCAAGAAAGGAACAGCUCAGAGAAGGCAACAGGUCAACAACCCAGCAGCAACAGGAGACCAAAAGAAGAUAAUACUCUGACCAGGCAAAGCAACAGAAAAUCAAAACAGGACCAUACACAGUCCAGAAAGAACUCCGAUGCUGGUAUCCAAUCCAGCACUAGUAGUCAAAGUGGAUGGGAUGCUAUGCAGAGGGAUAGUAAAGGAGAUCCAGGAGAGAAACAAGACCAGCCAGAGGACAAACAGAGAAAGGGACAUGAGACAAAGCGCCAUGAUAGUGUCUUUUCUUUUCUCAAAAGCAGUUUCAUUAAGAAAGACCCACUUCGCAGGUCUCUGGACAGUGAGUCUUUAAAAAAGGGUGAAGCAGGGAUGAAGAGCCCAUCUGGACUUUCUCUCUCCAAUGGGGCCCACAGUAGAACUUCAGAAGAUAAAGCUAAAAGCAUUAACCAAGGUCGUAGCAGACACAGUGGUGAACUUGCAAACAGCAAGAUGAACCACGGUUCAACAGACAUAAAACGCUCACAAAGUUCUUCCAAUAUUCCAAGUAAGGCUGAUUUAAGCUUGAAAAGAACGGCAUCGCUGCACAGGAAUGGCUCAUCAGCGGCCCAGCCACAGACCUUGCACGGGGAUAGGGGCUCUCAGAACACGCUGCAACGCACACGCUACAGCACAAACUCGCUGGGCAGGAAGAAGGCAGUGCCUGAAUCAAGCUUCUGAGACUCUAAUACAUUACACCCAAAUAUCAAAACUGGGUAACAAAACUACAAAUCUCUCAAUCAAAAAAAUUUAAAAGAAUUGUGGUAAAAAGAUAACAUGAAAGCUUUGAAAUGAUCACCAAACGGGCAGCAUGCAAACUAUGGAAUUGCACAUACAUUAGGAACUUAUAUUUUUAAUCAAUUGUGAAAAAAAUCACCUUGAGAGUUACUUUUUUCUGCUUAUAUGAAGUGCCUCUGAACCAGAGCUAUUUUUCAGAUUGUUUAUUUUUGAUUGUGUUUUGGCACUGGUAGGACAUGUAUUGACACUUCUACACUGGCCUUUUAGCACCAUACUAAGAGGAAGAGAAAUUAUUAACAUUUGCAGAUUGUAUUUUCCACAAAUUAGAAUUAUACCUGUAUUACAUGAAGAAAAUUGCUAUAUAUAACUUUCUGCGUCACCUCUUGUGAAUGUGCAGAUUGUACAGAUUGGCUGCUAUACUCUCACAGGUUUUCAUGACAUUUAAGAUGUCAGCUCUUGCACUUUCAGUGAAUGUCUUGCACCACAGUCUGAUUUUCUCUUUAAGACCAAAACCUAAGGAUUAUACACUUUAUGUUUAAAAAAGAUAAAAAAAAAUAAGUUUAAAGUUUUCAGUAUAAGGAUGAAGGCAUUCACAAAGAAUUUAAAGACAAAAGUAGUUAAUAUAGAUGGCCAAUGAAGUGCCAAAGUGUUGAUUGCAAGUGGAUGGAUUCAUCAAAAGGUAUUUGGGAACAUUUUAAUUUCAAAGCAUUUGAUCUGUUGUUGCAACUUACCUUUAGUUAGAGAGUAGCAAUUAAGGUAAUUUAAUUAAGGUACGACACCAGUUAAGAUACUUAAGGUAAUAUUUGACUCAAUUAUCUUAAGACACUGGAAACUAUGAUGUGCUUAGGUGAGAUAUAUAUAUGGAUAGCAAGUUCAGUAUACAUUUUAGAAGACCGAACCUCAGUAAGAGUCACUUCUGAAAAGCCAUAAUCACUAAACCCUCACUGAAAAGUCAUAUAACCAAUAGUUUAAUCCAUAAACUAACCACCUACACCUAGUGUAAGUGCAGUAACAAGAACUUGUUUAACUUUUUAAAGGGAUAGUUUACAUAAUUUCCUCACCCUCAUGUUGUUCCAAUCCAUUAUGACUUUCUUUUUUCUUUUCUUUUUCCGGUGGAACGCUAUAACUUUAGCCAUGGAUAAAAGAUGCAAUGAAAGUGAAUAGUGACUGAAGCUAACAUUCUGCCUAACAUCUUUUUUGUGUUUCAUGUUAAACAGGUUUAGAACAGCAAGAGAUUAUUAAUGCCUUGUUUAAAAAAUGUGGUGAUCAAGCAAUACCGAUGACUGCUGAAUGAGGAAAAGCUAAAUUAGUGUAACCAGUAAAGUGACCUUAUAUAAUAGGCAUCAAUUUUACAGAUCGGGCCUAAUUGCUCAGAAAUCCUGUGUAAUCAAAAUAUGUUACCAUGGUGGUUUGGGUUGUUUCCCUCCAUUGACUAUUUGGACUAAUUGGAUGGACUUUAAAUGGACUAAUUAGAUCCGUAUGUCCAUUAACUUGAUAAAUCCCACAAGAACAACAAGCAUUCCCAUGUGUCAUUAUCUAGAAGCAUUUUAGUGUGAAUGCAGCUCCUUUAAGACAACUGGUAUAUAUGCACUGCAAAUCAAGGGGUGCCCUUGCUAAAUAUAGCAUUUAGCAUGCAUCACUCAUAAUUUCAAAUGGCUUCUCUUCCUUUAGUGUUUCAGGGAAAGAUGACUUUAAUCUAACCUACUGAAUGUCCAUUCCUACAGUUCUUAUCUGCAUUUUUUUGGGAUAUUAUAAAUCAAGCCCACCAAAUUCAAUCAACAGACUUUGUGUUUUAAAAUAGUCUUAAAAAAACAAAAUAAACUUGGCCAACCAUUAAAUGUCCUCUUAAGAGUAAUUUAUUGAAUAUUAGUAUAUUGAACAUAGUUUGAUAUAUACUCUAGCUCCUCAAAUUUAGAUAUACUAUUUGCUUACCUCUUUGAAAUCUGUAUUUCAUGAAUAUUAUGCAGGAAAGUUGGAAUUGCACUAUAGUAGAACACUUAAUUGAUUGUGGGAAAUUUACGGAUACACUGUUUCUGUAUCACUCAGUUUACAGUAGUUUUUCUUUUUGUUGGUUUGAAUAAGCAAAGAUGAAGUGAAUUCUUGUUUGUUUGUUUGUUUGUUCAAACACUUUCUCCUUAGAUCAGCCUAAAUGUUAGAAUGAGAUAAGAAAGAAAAGGUUUCCACUCCAAGAUCUUUAGAUUCACAUUUCUUUCAUUCAUAGCAUAAAUCGAACAUAAAAUAAAACUGUUUUUUAAUCAUUUGCAAAAGUUUUUCAUUGAAAUGCCUCUGUACAAAACACACUGUUCUUCUUUCUUCAGCUAAUCAUUCCUGUAAUACUGUUUUGUUUGUCAAAGGUUUAGGUAAAGAGAAGCAAUUAUACGGUAUUUAACAGGAUUUGUCUAGACACAAAGGCCUGUCCUCCAAGGGCAUUUUUUUUCUCUCCCAUGCUUCCAAUAUACACAUAUCAGCCACAACAUUAAAACCACCUGCCUAAUAUUGUGUAGGUCCCCCUUGUGCCGCCAAAACAGCACUAAUCCACAUCUCAGAAUAGCAU